UCCAUUUCCAGUUCCGUACGAGAGGAUUUGUGGUUUUUCAGCUCAGAAAAUCACGAUGUUGAGACCGGAGAAGAAGAAGAUGAAGCCGUCGUCGCCACCGAGGAUCGACGGCGUCGUUUCGAGUCAUCACCACGAUCAAUCUCUCACUCGAAGAUGGGAGGAUUUAGAAGUGGACUGUUUAGCAAAUGUGUUUGCCAAAGUCGGAAUGGAGUCGCUGCUUUUAGCUCUCCCUUUUGUCUGCAAAUCAUGGUACGCCGCAUCUCUCAAUCCCUUAUGCUGGAAGUUUCUCUCUUUCCCAGAUUUUGAGCCCUAUCCUUUGUUCACUGGUAUGCAUGAAAUCGAUUUUGAAACCCGGAAAUUUGGCCCCUUUUAUGAUAAGUUUAUAAGGAAGUACCGAAUUCGUAGGACUCGUUUCUCCAUCACCGGUUUCGUAAAAUUGGUUGCCAGUCGUAGCAAUGGGAAGGCUACUUAUCUCAAGCUACCUGGAUUUUGUACCGAAGAAGCCUUGAGAUAUGUGUCGGAGGCGUGUCCUGAGCUUAGGAUGUUGUAUUUGUGUGAUGAUUUAGUGAUUUUCAAGCAUACCCAAAUCAUUUCUGAACUAAUUGGGAAGUGGAAGCAUUUGGAGCACUUAACUUUGGGAGGAAACUGUGGGGAAAUUUUGAAGCAAUACCGCGGAAAUGGGGAUUACUUGAGUAAGAACUUUGAGGCGUUAACGUCGUUCAAAUACAAUAGCAAUGGAACUUUGCACAGAAUCCUGCUACAGAUCGCCAUUCACUGCAAGCAUUUUAGGAGUCUGCAUAUCUUUGAAACCCUUGUCGGUGAAGUUGAAGCAUGGGCAAUUGUGACUAUGCUGCCGGAUCUCACGCACUUAACCCUGGCACAAUCUCGUAUUGAACGAGAUACUCUUUUCACGCUCCUGCGGGGCUGCAGGAAGCUUUGCUCAUUUAAUCUCUGGUAUUGCGAAGGUUUUGAAGAGUGUGAUGAAGAAUUAUUGAAGCUUGCUUCCCAUAUUAGCGAGUUUUGGUAUAAAGGUGGUCCAAAUGAUUUUACCCGCUUGAAUGAGUUGAAGGGGAUUAUUUUAACCAUGUGUUUAAAGAAUCAACUUUGGAGGAAAGGGAAGAUUUUACUGGCAGAGUAUUAUCAGUAAGGAGGGUUGUUUUUCUAUUUGUUGUAUUUGGUCUUAAAACUCCUAAUAUAGCCAUUGUAAGUUUACUCUUGAAAUCUUCAUAUGUUUCAAGUUUUUAGAGUUGGUUUGUUUAAUCUAGAGCCAAAAAUUAACUGGUAAAACUACUGAGAAUGACACCAAGUGUGUGGCGGAGCUGUUGUCUCCCAAGUGUAUAUAGCGCCCUUCCUCAGACUGGUUAAUUCUAUAUACGAAUGUUAACGGAUUGUGUCAUGCAUGGUUAUAAGUGCUACCAUGUGUUGAAGAUGGUUAUUUUAACCAGGACUAGAUUAACUCAGAUAUUGAGGAAAAGGAACAAUUCAUUGGGGAUAGAUCACUAAGGUGGGCGUUUGUGUGGUCUUUGUCGAAGUCUAAAUAGGUGUUAGCUGAGCUAACAUCUUAAAUUCUCAUUGAUCUUUUAACUCUGGAUGUAAUGUUCAUCUUCAAUAUAAACUCAAGUGUUAUUUUGGUUUGUUAAAUCUUUUGGGUUAAGCUCAUUUUCUGUCCUUGUGAUUUGAGCUAUUCGACUUUGGUCACUGUACCAUAACCUAAGGGAUGACAGAAGAUUUCAUAGAAGAUUGGCACUGAGAGCAAACAUUAGUAACCUUGAGGUCUGAGUGUGAUUCUCAGAUUGGUGGAGCUGUUUGCCAAGUGAUGGGCACCGUUCUUUCAAUGCAGUUACUUCUUUCAAGCUGCUGAUUUCUGAAGACUGGAAUUGUAAGGCAAGACUGUAAUGCUUCUUGUAAGUUGUAACUGGCUAUGGGAUUUGACUGUAAUGUGCUUGGGGACUGCUGCUGAUACUAUAGGGUCUUGUGGAUUAGAGAAAUUGUAAUCUAGUGUGUAUCGUUAUUUGGAUUA